AACACGUGGCUUUUCUUGAUAGUAUAUAUUCAGUAUAUAUUCGUACUUCGUACAGCUGAUAAAUCAUAAUAAGUAUCACAGUGGCCGAGUCGAGCCAAGUAGUUACCAAAUCUUUUUUUCGGACACGAGCGCGUACGUGUUUUACAUCGAACAAAAUUUUUUAACGUUGCUGAUGCGAUCAACUGUGUUUUGUAUCCACCAUUAUAAUAUUGAUACAUCGUUUAUAUUUACAUUUCAACAUUUUAAUUUUGCCUACGAAUAGUUAUCGUCUUUAAUAACAAGCAUAAGCCGAAUCAUCUUUAUAUAUCUGAUCUUAAAGAGAAGGAAGGAGUAGGUAGCAAUAGCUGGUAGCAACAAUAGUGAUUUGAUACGGAAUAAAAGUUACAUAAAUAAACGUAAACGUCAACCAUGAGUAUUAUUACCUGCAUUGCACCAGUCAAUAUUGCAGUUAUUAAAUAUUGGGGAAAGAGGGAUGAAUCCUUAAUUUUACCAACUAAUGAUUCCAUAAGUGCCACUUUAGACACAGAUCAGCUGCAUGCAAAAACUACUGUUAUGAUCAGUCCUAAUUUCAAAGAAGAUCGUAUUUGGUUGAAUGGAAAGGAAGAAGAUAUAAAAAAUACAAGACUUCAAAAUUGUUUAAGAGAGAUUAGGAAGCGUUCGCAAUUAUCUGAUUACAUAAAUGACUGGAAGAUUCACAUAUGUUCAAAGAAUAAUUUUCCAACUGCUGCUGGUUUAGCAUCAAGUGCUGCAGGGUAUGCAUGUCUCACAGCAGCAUUAGCACAGCUUUACAAAAUACAAGGAGACAUUAGUAUUAUAGCGCGUUCUGGUUCUGGAUCAGCAUGUCGCAGUGUUAUGGGUGGUUUUGUAAGAUGGCACAUGGGUUUGGACAAGUGCGGAACAGACAGCUUAGCAAAGCAAAUUGUGCCUGCAUCUCAUUGGCCUGAAAUGAGGAUUUUAGUGCUGGUGGUUAGCGAUGAACAAAAGAAGGUACCAAGUGCAAUAGGUAUGAAACGAAGCAUAGAAACAUCUGAACUUUUGAAACAUAGAAUAAUGCACGUAGUCCCAGAAAGAACUAAUAAAAUGCAACAAGCGAUCAUUGAGAAAGAUUUCAAAAGUUUUGCUGAGCUCACUAUGAAGGAUUCUAAUCAGUUUCAUGCUGUGUGUUUGGAUACAUAUCCUCCAUGUAUUUAUAUGAAUAAUAUUUCUUUCGAUAUCAUGAAUCUCGUACAUUCCUAUAAUAAUACAGUUAAUGAUGUAAAGGUUGCAUACACUUACGACGCUGGACCAAAUGCUACGUUAUAUUUAUUGGAGAAAGAUGUACCAGCGAUGGUAGGGGUUCUGGAUUACUUUUUCCCUCCCCCUGAAAACAUUGAGAAUAUCAAAUAUAAAAGAGGCUUAUCUGUUGAAGGAGUUAAACCUUCACAAGUUCUUGUGGAGAAACUCGAGUUUCAAAAGCAUCCACCGGGCCAACUUAAAUAUAUGAUAUAUACUAAAGUGGGAGAUGGGCCUAAAUAUCUCAAUAAUCCCCAAGAUCAUUUGCUAAAUGAUCAAGGUAACCCUAUUAAUUGUUUUUAAACAAAAUUUUUUGAGACAUGUAUUUUUUAUUAUUAUUCCACGUGUAUAUUUAAAUAAAUUUAUAUUUCU